ACUUGCUGAGUAAUACACCGAAUGAACCUCAUUGGUUCUCGCACAUCAAGCGAACAUGCUUGAGCUUCUGUUUACCACAACUGAUGUGAGAGUUGAUGAAGUGUCUCAGCAUGGAUGCUGCAGGAUUGGAUUUCCAAGCCAUUUUCAGGCUGUUACGUACAGGAUCUGCUCCCAGCCUGAGCAGUGAAGAGCUCUCCAGCAGAAUCUCAUCGUGUGUUGAUCAAACAGCAAACACUCCUGCUCCGUCUGUCACACACAGAGACCUCAUGUGCUUGUGUCUCACUCUAAUUGAGGCCAUCAUUAACAGGCUGACAGCACACAGUCUGCCACAAGAUGUCACAAUAUUCUAUGAAGAUGUCAAAAGGAGACUGUUUGAAGAAAUGAAUCUGAUGGCAAAACUGGUUUCUCUCCUCAACUGUCAAGACCAGCUGGUGUCUCAUUUAUCUGCAAAGUGUAUAUCAGUCUAUGUCAUCAGUGACAUUUCCAUCAAUGGAGGCAGCAGCUCAAUCUGGAGACACAGGUGUGCUGAAGUGUUUCAGAAACCAUCAGCCAGCAGUGAACUGGACUCCUGUCUGUGGUCACUGACUGCUGUGAUUAAAGGAGUGCUGAGAGGAGAAAUAUGCCAGAGGAAAACAGAUGUUUUGAUGAAGCUUCUUUCUGGAUUGGAUGCCUCCAUCACUUCCUUGCACACCAACCUUCUGACUCAAGACACACAGGACCCUCACAAAAGAGAACUGAUGAAUCUUUCUAAAACCAUGUGUGAGUUCUUCGACCUCCUUGAAGUCCUCAGCGCUGCCCGGCUCAGAUAUGGAGUCUGUUCUUCUGUUCAGAGAGUCAUAUUUGUUCAGUCGCGAGCGCUCCUUCGUGUCAUGAGAACAGAUGUGGAAUAUUUUGUGAAGAAACGAGCACUGCUUCUUCUAAAGAAAAGUCUUCUACGGAGAGCCGGGGACGAUUGGGCUUUAGGUGAAGCUCAGUCUGCGCCACAUGACGAUCACAGCCUGACUGAGGACAUGUUGACCAUGGCAGAUGGAGUGUUACUGGAAGUGAAUGCAGGCUGGCUCAAGGAAGUGCCUGUGAAAGCUCAGGCCAGUUUCUUUGGUGGGAACUGUGAUGUAAGACUCGCUGGGACGCAGAAGGACGAUGUGAUACUGAGAGCCGUGAGCCUGAUUUUGCUGAAGUCACUAGAAAUAAACAUUCAGCGCCUUCAUUGGAAAGGAUCUCAGAGUGACAUUGACAUCCAUCAGUAUUUAAUAGAGCUCAUGUCAUUCCUCCAGCGUCACGGGACUCUGAUGUCUGCAGACACUCACAGCUGCUCCUGGGUGUCUGUAGUAUUUGCUGAACAGGAUGAUGACAUGAUAGAAUCAAGCAAGACUUUGAUUGGCUUGUAUUUAUAUCAAAAAAGUUUGAGUUCCUCAGACUCGGGGGUUUGCGUCUGGGGCUGUAACCCUCACUGUCAUUUCAUACUUCUUCUCCGCUCCCUCUCCUUUGACCACACCGUGCUACUUGACUUCCUCAUCUCUUCGGAAACAUGUUUCCUGGAAUACUGCGUCCACUACCUGAAGCUUCUCCGUGAGGACUGGACAGGCUUGUGUAAUGAAGUCUCAGUUCCACGACUGGUCGAUUAUGGGAGCUCAGACGAAUCCGAUGAGGUUUCUGGGAAUACUGAUGUAGAUUCUGGUAGGACAGAUGCUGAAGCAUCUUUUUGCCCAUCUGGAAUGGCGGUAGAACAAGUUCAGACUGAAUAUGCAUCCGAAUCUCUGUUAGAUAAAGUGUUCGUGUGUCUUAUGGACUUGAGGACCACCGUAACUAGACUACAUAACAGGGGUCUCUUUCCCUACAACCCUACCUCACUUCUAAAACUGUUAAACAGCGCAGAACUGCAGAGAAACAGGAUUAGUUAG